CUCUCCUGCCCUUGUCUCCGCGCAGGCAAUAGCGGUUUUGGUGAGAGGAGGGAGGAGGUGAAUGGCAUCUCAAGUAAUAAUAGCAGUGGUUAAUGCUGGAAUUCUCUCCGUAGAACGAAACAUAUAGCUCUUGUAACCUAUGGUUUCAGUUACACGAGACAGGUUAUAUAUUAGUCUUUAAUGUGAGCGACAGGUAUAUUGAAAAGAUGCCGGGAAGUAGCCGAUGUUUCCUCGUUUUAUCGAUAACAAUUUUGCUUCACAUGUCAGAUGGGUUCUCUGGGGACGAUGACCGUUAUGUGAGCUCUCAGCACCACCUCUCAGACAGCCCAGUCCUGGUCUACCGCCAUGUGGACUCAGAGGGCCAGGAAAGGGCCCUGGACCUGGGGGCUCUACCUAUGGUCUGGGGUCGGAGGAGGGCCCAGGGCCAGCAUGGGGCCUGGCAGUCUGGAAACCAAGCAGAAAUCGGUGAACAGGAACGAAGCCUGGGGCUGGAUUUGCCAGGAGUCUGGAGGGAAAGGGACCAUGGCGGACCUGGAGGCUGGGAGAGGAGAGGCCUGGGCAAGGGGGGUCCUGGAUCCUGGGUGGAGAGACAUAGGGAGACCUUGGGUGCAGAGUCCCGUGCCAGGCUGGCCAAGCUGAUGCCCGCAGCAUUGCUUGAGUCCAGGUUCCGGCAGGCUCCGAGUGGGCGUGGCGGGAUCAGCCUCCUGGCACACGCGGAGCCCGAGGUGCACGUGGAGCACGCCCCUGUCUCUGCUCGCCACCUCGUCACCGUGAGAAAAGCCCAUUCUUCAUCAGGUAGCUGGAUAGUUCUGCUGGCAGGACAGCAGACAUGUGGAGGGGCUAUAUUGGAUGGGCCUGCCAGUUGGAACCUGUUACUGUCUGCCAUGGUCUUCCAUCACAGUCUACAGUGCUCCUUUAAUACAGCAGACGGUACCUCUGGAGAGGAAAGAGGAGAUUUAAGUCAUAAGCAGUAUUGAGUUUAGAGGUAAUAGCACUGAUUCGA